GCUGUGCCGCAUUUCAUCAUUACAUGUGCUCUUGGAAAGAUUUGCUCUAUUCACGCAGCUUGAUGCGCAUCAAAAGAACUCAUUAACUGGAAGGACCCAAAGUGAAAGGCGGCAAGUUUGUGUCUGCAGGGAGGAAGGGGUUGGUGUGUUUGCAUGUAUAGUGCAUGUAUAAGGAAGUGCCCUGACUCCCUCCUCACCCUCUACUACCAGAGCUCUCCCGACCCUCAAAGCGCCUGGACCCGCUGUAUGCCUCUGUGCUUCAGCUCUAACCAGCCGCCUCUCUGCUAUGGUCGUCUUCUUUUUGCGCGACUCGAAUUUCAGCACCACAGACAGCUCCAGCCUCGGCACCACCUCCGCGACGCCCCGGAGCCCCGAUGUGCUGAGCCGGACCGGACACACGGCGGUGGCUGUGUGCCUCGGCUUCAUUUUAGUGGCGGGCAUCCUCAACAACGCGCUCACGCUGCUCGUGUUCGCCAAGUUCCGGUGCCUGUGGACGCCCAUCAACCUGAUCCUGCUGAACAUCAGCCUGAGCGACGUCCUGGUGUGCGUGUUCGGCACGCCGUUCAGCUUCGCUGCCAGUCUGUGCGGAAGGUGGCUCAUCGGAGAGCUCGGCUGUAAGUGGUACGGGUUCGCCAACUCGCUCUUUGGCAUCGUGUCCCUGGUGUCCCUGUCAGUCCUGUCCUACGAGCGCUACAACACCGUGCUGCAUUCCUCACAGGUGGAUGUCUCCGAUUUCAGGAAGGCUUGGCUCUGUGUCGGGGGCACUUGGCUCUAUUCGCUCCUGUGGACACUGCCGCCCUUCCUGGGCUGGAGCAGCUAUGGCCCGGAGGGUCCCGGUACCACUUGCUCUGUCCAGUGGCACCUGCGCUCACCCACCAGCAUGUCAUACGUGUUGUGUCUCUUCGUCUUCUGCUUGAUCCUGCCCCUUCUGCUUAUGGUCUACUCCUAUGGGCGGAUCCUUGUCGCCAUCAGAAGGGUGGGUAAAGUCAACCUGCUGGCAGCUCAGCGCAGAGAGCAGCAUAUUCUGCUGAUGGUGGUGUCCAUGGUGUCCUGCUACAUGCUGUGCUGGAUGCCCUAUGGCGUCAUGGCCCUGAUGGCCACCUUUGGGAGGGCGGGGCUGGUCUCUCCCACGGCCAGCGUGGUGCCGUCCAUCCUGGCCAAGUUCAGCACAGUCAUUAAUCCCAUUAUCUACGUGUUCUUCAACAACCAGUUUUAUCGAUGCUUUGUGGCCUUCAUAAAGUGCAGCGAUGAGCCACCAUUUGGCCAAGGAGAAGGACUUCCAGCUCUGAAAACUCAGCAGUCAGAGGCCCUCCACAUUCGGAGACAAGCCUCCUCCAGCUCCUCGCAGCCUCAGCCCCCCAGCUGCAGCAGAAGCACCAUCGCCUGUAGCCACCACCACCACCACGACAGCAGGAACAUCCUGUGUGUCCACUACACACCUUAGAAAACACACCUAAGUCUCUUCUGUUGUUCAUACCCUGAAAGUGCAACUAAAACACAUUUGUUAUUUAUGGACCAUCCCUGAAAAGGAGAUGCUACAUCUCAAGGGGCCCUCCAGUAACAAAUAAAUAAAUAAAUAAACACGACUGUUGAUACCCGACAGGUUGUUGUCACCUUUUAAAUGUUUUGAAUGUAAAACUGCAGCAGUGCCUGACAGUUUAUGAUUCCCUACUUUAUUUCUACAGAGGCAGACUCUGACCUGCAUAGCUGAUCCGUGACCUUUUAGUGUGUUUAUUCUAAUUCUUCUAGCAUCAGGUGUGCCAAUUUAAACACAUAAAUGCAUCUGAACACUCUGAGAGUACUGAAUGUAUUUGCUGCACUCAUCAGGAAGUAGGAAGAAAACGAAAAGGUUUCUGGGCCAUGUUCAUCCAAACGUGCUGAUAAAUAAUGAAUACAGUGGUGUGAAAAACUA